AUGGUCAGGACGCUCCCUUCUGCAGUCAAAGACCAGAAGCCGGCGAAGACGAGGAUAACGAAAGUUGACUGCAGAGAUACGGUCUUGGUUAGUCAGAUGACUGAGAAACUCAUCAUGCAACGCUCAUUUCCAAGGCAUGCUUGCUUCCAGCCGUCUCAUUUAAGCCGGCAAUGCACACGGAAAAGGUGGAUACGAAGAUACACUUCAGAACAGAACGUCCAGCCUCAAGAAAGUGGCGGUAAAAACUCGUCUCUUCCGAGCGGCGGCCCAGUAGACCCUCGUCCACGUUGGCUGUUUUCUACGGCAUCCUUAUUGCGUGUUGUUCUCGUUCCCACUAGCUUAAUCUAUGCCGUGUUUUUCCAUGAUUUCGGCGAGCAAGAUCAUGUUUUUGUGCCGCCUCGGAGAUGGUUACAGCGGCAAAAAGAGUCAUUUUUCACUCUAAGUCCCGCAGAGAAGGAUCUCGCCAAGAAAGUAAACUUGGAAGAUAGGCAAUAAUAGUGAGAGCAAAGUGACCCGUCGCCGAUGUUAGUAGCCUGUGGCUAUGUCUUGCAUUUGUUGUGUCCCAGUCCCAGCGACUGUGAAUUAAUCUAGGCUGCAUCUUGUAUGCGUCGACUUGGACUUAUU